AUGUCUUCUCCUCUUUACAAAAAGGCUCUCAUUAUCGGUGCCACCUCUGGAAUUGGCGAGGCUCUAGCCAUCAAACUGGUCGCCAACGGCAGCAAAGUAGUGCUCGUUGGCCGACGACAAGAGCGACUCGAUAACCUCGUCAAAAAACUCGGAUCAGACAAGAGCUCAGCGGUGCCCUUCGACAUUACAAAGCUACAGGACAUCUCUGCCUUUGCGUCCAAAGUUACCUCGGAACAUUCCGAUAUCGAUGCCAUCAUUCUGAACUCUGGAAUCCAACGAUCGUUCGAUUUCGCCAAACCAGAGACUGUUGAUCUCAAUACCGUGCAGGAGGAAUUGACGACAAAUUAUACCAGUAUUAUACAUCUUACAAUGGCGUUCCUGCCAUUUCUACAGGCCCAGAAGACGACUACGCACCUUAUUUAUAUCAGUGCCACGUUGGGCAUCAUCCCGACCUUGAUCCGCACGGGAGGAUAUAAUGCUUCCAAGGCUGCGUUGCACCAUUGGCUGCUCGUCUUCCGCGAACAGCUCAAGCAACAACCAGAUAAUCAAGUCAAGGUAGUCGAAGUCUUCCCACCCGCAGUGCAGACAGAACUACAUGAUGAACGUCACCAGCCGGAUCUCAAAGAUGGCGGCAAAAUUGGUAUGCCGUUGCAGGCAUUCAUCGACCAGACAUAUGAGGAAUUGCUCAAGGGUGAUGAUCAGUUUGGUAUUGGGAUGGCCAAGGGAACUAUUGAUGGAUGGGAGAAGGAGCGGGUGAAUCUUUUCCAUCAACAAGUUCCGGUUGUGACCAAUGCCUUGAGCCAGUUCCUGAAGAAAUAG